GAUUUGCAAGACGAAAAGAUGCGUAAAUUGUUACGUUCGCUUUCACUAAUAGUUUUUGUAAAUAUUGGUGGUUAUUUUAUCGUUUUGACAUUAGCUGUUUUAUGGCCAGUUUUGGGAUUAUCAGAAAUUGAUAUUUGGUUUUUAAGAACUUAUUUUGGGAUUAUACUUAAUAUAUCUGCAGCUUCGAAUGGUCCUAUUCUGUUUUUGAAUAGGUUUGGUGAUUUAAAUUUAUACCAAAUUUACAAGUCGUUUGAAAAAUAA